AUGACCAUCUCUUCCCUCGUCCGUCGAGGUGUGGAGGCCGCCUUGGAGCAGCCUACCCCGAACCAACCCACCAUCCAUUUCGCAGGAUGGCUGUCAGCUCUGUUUGUCUUCACUGUCCUCGCCUUUAUCGCUAUCGGAUUUUCGGUGGAGUACACUUAUGGAAUGCUGAUCCCGACCCUCGCCGCUGUCGAGGAUUCCAACCCCGAUGUCUACGUCCGAAUCGAUGGCAACCUUGACGCCAACAAGCCUGUCGAUGCAAACGAGCCUGAUACCGAGCCUGUCAUCGAAGCUCCCCCUCCGAUGCCCAUCACCAGCAAACUACGCACCACGAUUCAGCACCUCCGUGCCCGUGCCGGUUUCCUCUCCCGCUUCCGUGGCUUGAGCAUGCUCCUCACUUAUGGUCUUGCACAAGGGCUGGUCUUCUCCAUGAUGCCGUUCUCCAUCAACGCAUUCUUCUCUCAGUUUGUUGUCGGCAUGAUCUGCAGCGUCGCAUUGGCCAACCUGCAGUUGGCGUGGGUUCACAUUGUUAUCUCCGAGCCUUCUCCCAAACGUUUCUACCAGCGGAUCCCCGGUUUCGCUGCCUGGAAGAAGAUCGCUCCGGUUGUUGCUUUCGAACAUGCCGUCACCAAUGCUGCAUACUACAUUCCCCUGAUCCUGAUCAGCGCUUGCAACGGCUUCAAGAACAUUGAGAACCCCUCCGGCGGUGACUCCCCAGCCAAAACUCUCGCCGGCGCUGCUACGCUCGUCUCCCUGCCAGCCCUUCUCUCUUUCGUGGUGUCUAUUCCCGCCCGGGCCAUCUUCAUCCGCGUGGCUGCGUCUAUGCUCCCUGAGGAGGAUGAGUCGAUUGUGCCUUUCGACCGUUCCUUCGGCGGCAAGGUCUCUCCCGCCAUUGUCGGCGGCAGCGGCAAGCUGAGCAUCAUGGAUGCUUGGAAGACCUUCGACCGGCCUGCUCUGGUCCGCUUCGUCAAGGCCAUCGGCAAAGGGUUCGCUAUCGAGGUUGCUGUGGCUGCGUUCUUCACCACUCUGCUGGUUGCGCAGGUUUGGGCUGGAGCGGUCACCUAUGGCUUCGCUGGAAACAACGCUUAA